UCACAAGAACAAAAAGCCCAUUUUUUCUUCUUCUGAGAGCUUUUCACAGCAUCGACACUCGCUCAUUCGAACUUUAUCAGUCUUUCCUCUCAUGGCGACCGCUUUCGCUCCCGUUUCGUUCUCAGGUGGAUCUCAGCUCAAAGUAUGUGAGCAUUGGUCCACAAAGUCAAAUUCAUUUCAGAGGCCCUCAAGACUGAUAGUUCAGAGGAAAUCAUGUAAAAUGGGAAGCAAGCGCAACUUAUCAGUUCAAGCAGAAUACAGUGAUGGUAGUAGAGGUGGAGGCGGUGAUUUUAUUGCUGGUUUUCUCCUUGGAGGUGCUGUUUUUGGAACUUUAGCUUAUGUAUUUGCUCCCCAGAUAAGAAGAUCACUGCUUAAUGAAGAUGAAUAUGGGUUUCGUAAGGCCAGGAGGCCGAUAUACUAUGAUGAAGGUCUCGAGAGAACCCGCCAGACUUUGAACGAGAAAAUCAGCCAGCUAAAUUCUGCUAUUGACAAUGUAUCUUCACGAUUAAGAGGUGGCAACAAUUCGCCUACUGUACCUAUUGAAACUGAUACCGAGGCGGAAGCUACCAUGUGAUGUUAUGGUGGGUUAUCAUGAUCUGAGGGACGGUACCAGCUUAAUCUUUACUUGAAAAAGUGACAUAUGAACCACUGAACCUACAUAAUGGUUUGUGCUAUUGGUUUUUGUUCACUGGAAGUUGUUGAGUUGCACCGUAAAUUUACCUUUUGUUUCUCCCUUCAAUGAAAAACUUCAUUUUUAAUGUGAUUUUUGGCUUCCUGUAAAUGGUUUCACACUGAA